GUUUUCUCGACGAACUUUCCAACCCGACGCUUCGCUGACGCUUUUCAAAAUUGCCAGAAGAGGACCUCACUUUGACGAUGACCCUCACAGAACAACAACCCCGUCCGAACAGACGGCCCGCGGCGGCUUCUCCAGUCACUUUACCGCCGCUACUCUCGGUUGCAAACAAGCCGGAAAAGACCUUCACAGGCAGCGCGGCCACAGACCAAGCUCUUGCGGGGUUUACAGCGGGAGCUGUAUCCACUGUGCUCUUGCACCCUUUGGAUCUCGUCAAAACAAGGUUUCAGUUGAACACGUCCAGAACUCGUCUAUCCAGCGUUGAGGCAAUCAAGAAGAUAUGGCGGGAGGAAGGGAAGCUACGAGGGCUGUACAGAGGGGUAUCACCCAACUUUGCCGGAGCAACGGUGUCCUGGGGCAUGUACUUCUGGUGGUACUCUUUGAUCAAGGAUUGGAUGCGGGAUAGCCCGACACAUACAUUGGGCCCAACACAGCAUCUAUUGGCGUCCGCAGAGGCAGGUGCACUGACAGCGAUAUGUUCCAACCCCUUCUGGGUUAUUAAAACUCGAAUGUGCGCGACACGAGCAUCCGAUCCAGGCGCAUACAGGAGCCUCGCCAACGGGCUUUGCCGCACAUGGCGCGAGGAAGGCCUCCGGGGGCUUUACAAAGGGAUGGUUCCGGCGUUCUUUGGCGUAUCCCAUGGUGCGCUGCAAUUCAUGGCGUAUGAAGAGAUGAAGAAGUGGCGGAUGGAUGCGAUGCAUGGGAAGAAGGAUGUCAACAAGCUUAAUACGUUAGAGUACAUCACCAUGGCGGCUUCGUCGAAGGUCUUCGCUACCGUCUGCACAUACCCAUAUCAAGUCCUGCGUUCGCGUCUGCAAGUGCAAGUGGGCUACAGUGACGUUGUUUACAAUGGAGUCAUUGGAACCAUCAAGACUAUAUACCGGAACGAAUCAUUUGCCGGUUUCUACAAAGGCAUGGGGAUCAACAUCAUUCGCGUAUUACCGGGAACUUGUGUUACUUUUGGAGUAUAUGAGGGGAUGAGCAAGUUCUUCCGCGUUUACGGUGCAUAGUGCUAUGUAUCUUCGGAUGACUGCUAUGUCCGUGGCUCGUUUGAAAGAGCGAAGAGGCCCCUGGUGAACGUACCCGACAAGUAUAGGUCCUGUUGAUCAAGAGAGGCCUCCGUUCCACUGAGAAAUGACAUUCCUUCAAUCAUCGAGACUAAGCGUGCAUAUACAUAUAACACUGCAAAUAGAAUCAAUA